UCACUCGGGUACGCACACACGCAAGAAACACAGUAUAUAUAAGUCCUAACGCCUUGUUUGAAGAGCAAGAAAGACGGAAUAGAAAAUCAGGGUUGCUAUAGUAAAGUAAGUGAAGAGAGAAAGGAAAUGGCGUUGGCUAAGGCUAAGGAACUUGUUUCGUCCAAUGCGGUCGUCGUCUUCAGCAAGACGUAUUGUCCGUUUUGCGUGAGCGUGAAGCAGCUUUUAUCUCAAUUGGGAGCCACUUUCAAAGCCAUUGAAUUGGACACUGAGAGUGAUGGUGCUCAGAUUCAAUCAGCUCUGGCUGAGUGGACUGGACAGCGAACUGUGCCCAAUGUGUUCAUUGGUGGAAGCCACAUCGGUGGAUGUGAUGACACAGAAGCCUUGAACAAGCAGGGGAAACUGGUUCCUUUGCUGACUGUAGCUGGUGCUAUUGCUAAAAGCUCUGCCGCGUAAAGGCGAUAAGUUACUCAAAUCUGUUGAGUAAAUUCUAAUGGGUUGUAGUACUUGUUUACGAGGUUUUUUUUUAAUCGUAUAUACUUGUGUUAAAGAAUUUCUCUUUGCCCAUUUGAAAUAAAAAUUGGAGUUGAUUUGUGGAUUA